GUCUUGAGAAGACUGAAAAGUUUUAUCAGAACUUGUAGUUAGUUUUGUAAUCAGUAUUUAGUAUUUAUUUUUAAAUGAUCUAAAUUACUGUAUUGUGUAAAAUAUUCUGCUUUUAACUGACGGGUCGAUUUUGGACAGUAUUUGUCUUUGUUAUCUGAGCUCAUCUGGACAGCGCAGAAAUCGCUUCAGAAUCUGCCGAUAUUCGUAGUGCAGUGACUAGGCGAUUAGCCAAUGAAAUCAUCUUGAAAUUUUUUUUAUCUCCUGCGUUCGUUUGUUGGAGAGCAACGCAGAGGACUAACCAUUGCUUCCCAGCCUUUCGUGCGAGCUAGCAAUGGAUUGCACUGAGCUGACUCAGCGCGAGCGCAGGAAACUUGAGCAGAAGAAUGCCAUCUUACAGCGACAGUCUCUUCGGAAAAUGCAGAAAAUGGCGCGAAGGAUCGUCAAGAAACCACUUAAUCAGCGGACGCGAGAAGACACGAGAUUUGCUGAGGAUUAUCCCGAUCUUAUUGUAGAAGCUGAGGAGCGACGUCAAGCCAAACUCCUGGAAUACAGCAGACAGCUGGAGAUUUUUGAUGAUGCGUCACAAAUAGCCGGGAAAGCAAAGAUUCUGGCGGAUGCAAUAAGCAAAUCUCGUCAUGCCAUUGUGUACACCGGCGCUGGCAUUAGCACGGCGGCUGACAUUCCCGACUAUCGUGGGCCAAACGGUUUAUGGACACGCCAGCAAAAUGGUCAGCCGUGUGAAGAUCCAGAUAAUCCUUUUGAUAUAACGAACGCGGAGCCUACGUACACCCACAUGGCUUUGGUCAAGCUGGCGGAAGUGGGAUUGAUUAAAUUCAUCGUUUCCCAAAACUGUGAUGGUCUGCACGUGCGCAGUGGUUUUCCACGUGGCAUGCUCUCGGAAAUCCACGGGAAUAUGUACUUGGAAGUCUGCCAUGAAUGUGAUCCCGAUCGGGAAUACUUCCGCACCUUUGAUUUGACGCACAAGACGCGUUGGCGGCGUCACCGCACCGGCCGGUCUUGCCACUAUUGUCAGAGUCCUUUGCAUGAUACAAUUGUAUUGUUUGGAGAGAAAUCCCGAACGGAGACACCCAUGCGGUGGGCUGAUGCCACCCAUCACGCGGCUGUGGCUGAUGUUGUCGUCUGCCUUGGGACAAGCUUGAAGGUUCUGAAAGAUUAUCCGUCCCUCUGGAACACUACCAGUAAAUUGUACAUUGUCAAUCUCCAGUGGACUCCGAAAGAUGACGAAAGCGAGCUCAAGAUUAACGGGCGCUGUGAUAGUGUUAUGUCGGAAGUGAUGCAGCAUUUAUCUUUGUCCGUCAAUGCAUAUGACAAAUCGGACGACCCUUUGUACAAAAUGGCCGUUCCCUUGCGGGACCAAGAAAGCGCCGACAGCGGGGCUUCAUGUGGACAUGGAUGGCUCAAUCGAGGUUUAUCGGCUUUGAAAAACAAAGAGGACGCACGAAAAAAGAAGUCUAAGAGGAAACUGUGACCAUCCGGGAUUUCAGGUUAAUAUUAUCCCUGAAGGCUUUGUGUUCGAUAGCACAGAGGCGAUCUGUCGCGUUUGCGACGAUGUUUUCUUUGGUAGAUGUUGUGGUGUAAUAGUACUACGUAGUACUGAUGUAGUGAUUGCGUCUGUCUGACGACGUCUGAUUGCUACGGGAUUUCUAACGGGAAUAAAAGCGCUGAUA